GUUAACUUUUAAUGUCAAGAAGUGUGACAUUGGUGCUAGUGUUUCAUAACUAACAAGUCAGAGUAGUAACUAUUUAAUAGAACUUGAAUUUAAAGGGUGAUUUACCAUUACAAUUUCAAAAACUUUGUACUUUUUAAAAUAACAUUGGCAUUAUUCUGGAUACAAUAUAUUUUAAAUCUUUAGUGACUUACCCUUAAGCCUUAAACUUAAGUUAGUAUAAUUAUAAGUCUAUAAGUAUAUAAUAAUAUAGUGAAUAGUCUAAAUAGUGUAUAGUAAUAGUAACAACUUUAUUAGCAUACUAAUUACUUAACUAGCAUAAGGGAAGCGUUAUCCACACAGCUCUGUGAAUAAUGUUUAGCGUUAUCGGCAGACCAAAAUUUGCGAAAAAUGCAGAGCGUUAUUGUUAGACAGAAAUGUUCCCAUAAUUACGCACAUUUCUAGAAAUAAUUAAGAUCACAUUCCAAGCCGGGGUAGGGGUGUAGUUUUAAGUAGUGUAGGAGUAGGAUAGAUCGAUCGUUAAUGAGAAUGGCACAAACACAUCUCAAAACCGAAGUCCGAAGCUACCGGUAUGCACAAGUUAAAUUAAAAAAAUUUAAUAGGCCUAACUAUAGACUAUAGCCUAUAUUGCCUAUAUAUUGGAUAUAGGACAAUUAAUUGUGCCUACAUCUGCUCUGUUAGGGGCCAACAUAUUCGACCUAUAGAGUGUUACUAAUAGAUCCAGUCAAACCUCCUACUCCUAGACAUAGCUAAUUUUCUGGUAUUUCAUAUUAAAUGUUAUAAUACCAGUAAUAAAAAUGGUACUGGUAUUCUUCAUGUAGACUCACUUUCACCCACUGUAGAGAUAUCUUUAAAUGAUGUCAAAGCUUGAUAGGAUAUCGUUUAGUUUUUUUUAAAGCACUAUGAUAUAUCACGUAGUCCAGAAAUGUUCUGUCAGAAAUAGUUGACAUACCGUGCAACAGUGUUAUGAUGAAGAGAGGUGUCUCCAUCAGGCGACCAUGUGAGAGACGGGGAGUGGCAUAUAGGCCCUACAUCGAUAAUAACAGAAUCUAAUCCUGUUUAUGGCUAGUAUUUUUUCCUGAUCCUUGAGGGUGUCCCUAAGUCUACCCAGCUCUGGCCUUAGAUGGGGAAAAGUAAAGCUGACUGGUUAUUGCGCUGGCCAUACACUCACACUUGUAAACGCUGCUUCAAUUGCCCCAAGGGAACUUUACUUCCCAAAGACUCGCAAUGCAUCCUACGACCAACAGGGUUCCAAUUAAUUUUUGUAUGCUUUUUUUUUUGUAUUUAGACCCAUAGUUACAACGGUAGCAGUAUGGCUUUUUGUUUCAAUUAUCAACAUUUUUUUUACAAGAGCUAAAAUUGUUGAUGUCAAUGAUAUUGAUAUGUUUUAAGUACGGUACCGGUAUGUUCAUUUCAUUGUCAUCACUACAUGUUAUUUCAACUAUUUCUGGAGCGGCAUAUUGUGUCCCUACUUAUUAUGAUACUUAUUAGAAAAUAAAAUGGAACAAAUAAAACGUGACAUAUUUUUUUCAGCUAAACAUUAAUACACAACUCUGUGAUAUAAAAUAUUUGAAUAAGUAAGUUAUUAAUAAUUAUUUGUUUAUUAGAGAAAAACAAAUGGAUUCUAAAGUCUAUGAGUGGAAUUAUACAAAGAAAAUUAAACAGUCAAAAGAGCUAAAAGUAUAUCACAAUGUGCAGUUAGAACAGCUGUAUAUGAUUUAAACAUGGUUUAUGCGGCUCAUCUGCAUGUCCAUGUUGUUUACAUUUUUUUAACGAAACUUGAAUGAACAUUCUAACAAAAUAGAUUGAAACUUAUAACAUAAGUAACAAAACUAUAUGAAAAUAAUAAUAAAACUGUGAACAGAAUAAGAAAGCUAUUUGAAGAAUAUUAUUAUAAUAUAACACUACGAAAUAACCAUUAAAUAUUUUUUUUAAAAAUGUUAUUUAUAAAAAUGAAGCUUCCCCGAGGGGGAAUCGAAUCUAUGUCUGCCGGGUGACGGACGGAGAUACUGACCACUACACUAUCGAGGAGAUGUUUAUAUACGAACUUUGUUUUUUAUAUUCAUAAUUUAAUUCAUCACAUUCUGCGAAUAAUGUCGAGCGUUAUCGGCAGACCGAAAUCUGUGAAUAACGGCGAGCGUUAUCCACACAGCUCUGUGAAUAAUCACUUCGCUAGCAUAAUGCAUAAUUAAUAAAAUAAUUAAAUUUAAGUUAGUUAGGCUUGCCUAAUUAUUUUUUAAAUCAUUUUUUAAUUCAAUAAAUAUGUAAAUAUGAAAUAUUAUUUUGGUACUUCAAUUUUAAUUCAUGCAAAAAUUCUCAUAGGAGCCAAAAUGGUCAAUAAAUUGAUCGUGGGCCCUUAAGAUAUAGAAGAAGAAUUAUUAUUAUUCACACUUCCAAUAAAACAAAUGUCCUUUCUUUUGAAUAAAAAUGUUUAAUUCAACGCAAAAAUUAUUGUACAUUAUAUUCACAUUUCCAUUAAAUAACUUCACACUUCCAAUAAAACAAAUGUUCUUUUGCAUUAAAACAUAUUUACUUCUUUUAAAUUCCUCCGCUACUGUGGUGGCCAAAUUUGAACAAUAUUGUCUAGAGUGUCGUUGAAUACAUUGAAACCAUUUGCUGUAACACGCCGAUGUAAAAUUAACCCAAACAUAUAAGAAUCGAGCAUAUGUCUGUGUCUGCCAGUGUUUCUCUCUUUUGCCAAUUACCACGUAUGUUCGAUGCGUUGAGUAUUGGCAUUCCGGUGGUUGUUAGCACAUCGUCUGAAAGCAUGUAUAAUACCGUGUUGUUGUAGAAACAAGAUACAACUGACUUCAUUGUGAACUAAUGCAGAAAUUUUCAAAGAAUUCAUGGUGUCGACAGAAGCCAUUGUAUUUAUUAACAAUAACUGCAUAUACAUAGAAUAGCAGUAAUGAUAAUUUUUGCGGUGAAUUAAAAUUGAAGUACCAUUAUUUUUUAUAUUUAUCUAUUUACAUUACCUCCUUAGUAGACAUUAGUAACUAAUGACUAAGACUAAUGUAAAUAAACUAUAAACAGUAAUUAUUUAGUCAUUAAUUUAAUCUAAGUCUAAUACAUAAGUGUUAGUAUUAGUUUGACCUAUUCAAAUUCUAUUUACAAUACCUGGUUAAUAGUUAAUUUCAUAUUUUGUUAAAUUGAAUGAAUGAAUUAAUCAGUUAAUCUUAUCUGGUGAUUUCUAAUAAUAUAAUAUAAUAUCAUUUAGUAUGAUUUUUAUAGUGUCAAAAAAUAACUUAGCCUGAUUGGGCGGUAAAUUUUGGGUUAACGGUAGGGGUUUUGCCAAGAUUUGUCUCACCCUAAGCGCAGUGGCGUCACUUUGGGGAAUCCCAACACUGAACUUAGGGUGAAUAGACCUAUUAAUUAUAGGACCCGAACAAUAUCUUAUAACAUUCCUGUUCUUUACUGAGCAUUACUCCUGUCAUAAAAGAUACUGUUAAUAUGAACUAUAUUAAAGUGAAAUUUUCCAUUAAUUUGUUUUAAAAUUCAACUUACACUUUUCAAAAGAAAGGAAUAAAGAAGCACAUCCUUGCUGAUAUCCAAAGACCCAACACCAGUGAAAGAAAUGACGCGCGCCAAAGGUGCUGUAUUUGAUUAGUUGAAAAUCGAAGCAAUUGUAUGUUAAAACUUCGGAAACAAAAAGGAGACUACUGCUUAAAUUGCAUUUGGAAUGCUUUUCUAGGGACUGGGGAAGGGAGACCCUAAACACCUCCCCCUAGUUUAAAUACCAAAAUAACAAACAAAGAGAUCCUCUGGGGAGGGACCAGAACCCCUCCCCCAGUUUCAAAAAGGAAAAAAAACCUUGCAUUAUGUGACUACAAACAUCAAAAUCUGUUUAGUACGGCGCUGUAGAUGGACGUUGACCCGGGAGAACCUCCAUGACCUAUAUACUGUGGAACACAUGGCCGGCCUUACCGCUAACCCAAAAUCAACUUAUUGGGCAUUGGCAUUUUCAUUUACUAUUACUAAUAGGCACUUCGAGAAAAGCAAGGGAGACUACUUCAAAAUUGGUAUGGGAAAUGGGUGUCGGCGCAGGAGAAUCUGAGUUUUAAUUUUUGGACUAUGGUGCUUUUACAUUAAUGAAAGGACUAUUUUGUCAUACAAAUUGUGGUAUUCUUCCACAUGUUAAUAAUAGGGGACAUCUUGACCUACAUCCCAACUUACUGUUGUGCCUUUUUGAUUAACCUUAAUUUUGAAAAUUCAUAGGAUAUAUUAGGCAUCUUUCCCUCAAAAAUUUUUGAAGAAAUUAAAAGAACAUGUUUUUCAAUUCAUAACAAAUACUGAAAAGCAUUAUAUAUUGAUGUAUGUGUGUGCCAAUUCUCAUUGAUAUAGGUCGUGUCUGACGUUGGUUAGGCUCGUCCCAGUAACCUGCGUUAUCAUAAGGUCGCUCUGCCCUAUUUAGACCACGCCCCCAUUUUAAGUAUUUACAUCAAAAUGUUUAAUAACUUGUGUUUUAGACCUUACAUAGUAAGAGGUCGACAUCAGAUCACUAUGGCCUUCUCUGCCACCCUUGGGAUAAACAUUAUACUAAGUUUUGGUUGAAGCAGAAAAAAACCUAAUUAGCUAUGUAUUGUUCACCAAGAUUAAAAAAUUGCAGAUUAGCAGAUAAUUUUGCACUAUCAAAAGUAUGUUUUAAGGCAAUAAAAUGAGCAACUGAGAAACAGAUAUUGAAUUUCCUAUUACGAUGAAAAUGAUGCCUCAAAAAUUACAGUUGUGCAAAAUUUUACAACUGUGUUGCCAAUGUACAAUAAUUAUUGCAUUUCAUAUUUAUUUUGUUCACCUUACUUUUAGGUGUGACAUAAGUUUGUAGCAUCACUAUGAAUAAUAAAAUACUUUUAAAAAAAAUGAUAUGCAAAAUUGCAUGGGCUGGAAAUUCAAAUCAGGUCAAACACAUGGCUUGCUAGUACCUGAUUAGACCACUGAAUGGCUUCAUUUUUACACUUCAUGAUUUCAUUUAAUACAAAAGUGUAGUUUUCUGACAAUGUCAUAGGAUUUUUGCAUUAUACUUAUCAAUUACAAUAGACCUAUUAGUUUUACAAUAAAAAUAUAAUAAGUUAUAAGUCAGUGCGCAAAAAAUAAUCCCCAAAUUCUAUUCUACUUGUGGUCAAUUCCACUUUCCCUUCCCACAGAAGGGCUUUUUGGUAUUAACUUAUGUUAUGUCUUCUUCAUUAACUUUUACCGACAUCUUUGAAACAACUUCUACUUAAGAAAACUUUUAAUCACCAUUUUUCUAUUUAUUUUCAGAUUAAUGAUCCCCAAUGAGUAAUAAUGGAUAAAUUUGUUGGAUUCUUUCGCCGAAAUGCUGUUACUGUCACUUGUGGAAGUAUACUUGUUGCUGUUCAUUACAUCUGGUACCAAAUGCAAUACGAUUCUGAUUUUGUGCCAAAAGAUUUGCAAAAGGACAAUAUUAGUUUAGGCGUCAUUCAUCUUUCAAGGCCAAAAUCUAAAACUGCCAAUAUUAGUGAAGAAUCAUAAAAAAAAACAACAACUAACUGUUGCUUGGGGGAAAGAUUGCACUGAUUUAAAUAAAAUUUGCAAAAUGAAUAAAAAACCUCUGCAGUAAGUAUAUGUACAUAUUGAUUUGACAAAUAUUAAGUCAGUGACAUAAUUCUUUUACAAUAACUAAAUUUGAAAUUUUGGUAUAUGUUACUUCUACAUCUGAGGGCAUCCAUAAAUUAUAUUUAAAAAAUUGGAGUAGGAGGGGUGUCGUAGAAACUUGCUGGUCAGAAUGUUAGUAUAGGGCGGACAGUUGCAAUAACAUUGCAGGUAUGGAACAGGGACAAUGUUCAAGUACCGAUGAAAAUAAGACAAUAAAAGCAGCUUGAGAUAUUGAAAAUAGCAGUUUCUAUGUUUCCUAAACAAUGCAAAAUUUUUUGACUUAAUUGGUUAGGGAGGGGAUCCUUGAAAGUUUGACGGUUUUGAAAAGAGAGGGGGGGGGGGGAUUGGGGUGUUAAAAAUGGCAUAAAAAUUAUGGGUGUAUGUAAUUGUAAUUAAUAAUAAUAAUAAUAAAGUUUAUUUAAAAAAAACACUUCAUCCCCAAAGGCUCGAAGCGCGGUACAAAGUCAAGAAAAAACAAAAGCGGUACAAAGUCAACAAAAAACAAAUCUAUAAUUUACCACAUUUAAAACAAACGCAACACUACAAAAACUAAUUACAAGCAUACAGUGUCAAAGUCUUUCUAGCCAUUUCAACCAUAAGCAACACAGCCAAUAUGCAUUAACUGGAAAAUAAGGUAGACAAUCAUCCCAGAAGGUGUUUGCGAAAUAGAUGUGUCUUUAAAUCGGUUUUAAAGGACUCCAGUGUCUGGUUGUUUCUGAGAUCGACAGGAAGGGCGUUCCAAAUUGUUGGACCAGCAAAUGCGAAAGUGCGCUUUCCAUAAGUCUCAAGGAAAACACGUGGUGUCGAGAGUUUGCCACUAUCGGAUGAGUGGAGUCGUCUAGUGGGUACAUAAGGCGUCAGCAGCUCUUUUAGAUAGGACGGCGCCAGGUCAUGUAAGCAGCGGUAGCACAAAGUUGCGAUUUUGUACUCUAUGCGAGCACGCACCGGCAGCCAGUGCAACUCUCUCAGAAGUGUUUUUGCAUGGUCGAACUUGCAUUUGCGGAGAACAAUGCGAGCCGCAUUAUUUGAAUUUUAUCCAGGAGCGUAGCUGGAAGACCCACCAUGAGAGCAUUGCGUGAUAGCACAAAUGCAGACAUCAGCCUCUUUGUUGCAUCAAUUGUUAGGAAGGGCCUGAUGUGACCAAUCCUGCGCAGCUCCAGAAAAAUCGCCUUGCAUAGCAUGUUAAUAUGACUUUCAAAAGCUAGUCUUCUAUCUAGGCAGACACCCGGGUACCGCACUGUUUGAGCUAACUCAAUACGCACACCUGAGAGAGUAAUUGAUGUCGUGUUAUUUGCAGAUUUUUGCUUCUGAGCGGUCGCGAUGGGAAGUAGCUCAGUCUUAUCAUCAUUCAAUUUGAGCUUGUUUAUGGUCAUCCAGUGCUUAACCGACUCCAUUGUCUUCUGUGUCAUACUGAGCAGCUGAGGGAACUGAGAAGGGAUCACAGAUUGAUGAAGUUGUGUAUCAUCCACGAACAUGGUAUACAACAUGUCAAACUGCCUGAUCUCUGCACCCAGGGGCUGAAUGAGUGAAAAGCACCGGGCCUAGGACCGAGCCCUGGGGUACUCCGAAUUCGAUAUUAGAUUUCCUCAAGGUCAAGCCAUUUGAAAUAACUGACUGGACCCGAUUAGUCAGAUACGAUCGGAACCAACACAAGACGGUAUCAGUGAGACCGAACUUUUGUUGCAGACGCUGGAGCAGGAUGCCGUGGUCGAGCGUAUCGAAAGCUGCCGAUAAAUCGAGUAAAGACAAAAUCGAUACCUGGCCCUCAUCACAAGACGACAGAAGGUCGUUCACCACGCGCAAUAGGGCUGUCUCAGUAGAGUGAUGCGCCCUGUAUGCUGACUAGAAUGGUUCAAACGAGUCAAACUGAGUGAGGUGAUCCAGGAGUUGGUGGAGAACGACUUUUUCUAAGAUUUUAGAAAUAAAUGGUAGAUUUGAGAUGGGGCGAUAAUUUUCCAUCACAUUAAUAAUAAUAAGGAGUCUUAUAUAGCGCUGUACCGCAGCCUAGGGCUGGGCUCACCGCGCUGUCCAUAAAAAUUUUAUCAAAAGAGACAUAAUCAUGACAUUAAAAUAAAAUACAUUCAUGAAAUAAGGAACAGCAAAAAAAAAAAAAAUUAAUGGCUGCUCAACCUGACAAUGAAUGAGUAAGCUGAAUUUGUGACAGAAAAUUAAAGAUAAAACAAUAGAAGAUUUAAAGGCUCGAGCACGUAAUCACUUAAUACAAUGGUUGGCAAUGUCCAUAAAAAUUUUAUCAAAAGAGACAUAAUCAUGACAUUAAAAUAAAAUACAUUCAUGAAAUAAGGAACAGCAAAAAAAAAAAAAAAUUAAUGGCUGCUCAACCUGACAAUGAAUGAGUAAGCUGAAUUUGUGACAGAAAAUUAAAGAUAAAACAAUAGAAGAUUUAAAGGCUCGAGCACGUAAUCACUUAAUACAGUGGUUGGCAACUCGCAGCUAUUCAAGGGAAUAUAUGCAGCUCAUUCUUUUUUUUUUUUAAAACCCAUGACAGUUAAACAGUCCGUCCCUACUUGGAGCUCUCAAAAUAUUUACUGAGUAGUUAUAAUUUAUAAAAAUAGCUCCUUAAUCAAAAAAGAUUGCCAACCCUGAAUUUUUUUUUUUUACUAGAAAAAGUUAGGUAAACAGAAAUAUAAAAGAAAUUACAGUUUUUAGUCCAUUUUUUAAUAAGCGAGUGACUUCAACAAACUAGAGGCCCAAUAUCCUCUUUCUGCAUCCUGAGCCACUUUACAUCACUAACUUAAUUACUACUAAAAAUAAUAUGAAGAAGUGUUUUAGCUGUGACAUAUAUCUAAGAAAUGAAAUACUUAAAAUUAAAAUGAAUCCUCUUGUUUUCACAGAAAGCCUGCAGCAUUUUUUCGUUUAGCCAGUUGGUGUAACAAAAAUAAGUUUUUAUCACUUGUAAUGUGCAUGAGUGGAGCCAUAGUUAUUAGUUAUUUAAUCCCAAAAGACGUUGCACCAACUGCAAGUGAAAGAGUGAAAUGGAGACAGGAAAGGGUGGAUCUAGAUUUGAAAAAAGAAAACUAGUUUGUGUGUGCGUAAUGUGUGGUAAGUACCCAUUCUGUUUAUUAAGUAUUAAUCUUUGUUUAUUAAUGCCAGUAGUUAUUGUGACUGAAAUAAAAUUAAAAUUUUGACCUCUUCAUGUUGUUCUGAAAGUCUGUUUGAGUUGUUUAAAAGUAAAAUAAAUUAAUGGUAAAACUAAUAUAAUGUUUGUUUUUAUCAUUUUUUAAAAAGUGAAUUCUCUUUGCCAACUUUGAAGUGUGCUUUCUUUGUUUGUUUGAUUUUUUUACUGUUAUUUUUACUACACCACAGUACAUUUAACUUUUCUAUUAAAAUAUUUCAACCAUUUGAAAUUGUAACAAGUGAACAAGAAUUUACAAAAACAUAUUUGAGCCCCCCUCAGUUACAAUAAAUGUUUACAAAAAAGUAAAAAUUAUUAGUUAUUUCUAGUUUUUGUGGAAAAUAAUAAUUGGUGGUAGUCCUAUUUAUGUGACAUUUUAAGUAUUAUACUGUAUACAUUUCUUUUAAUGUAAUGGAAACCAUUCAGUAGUUAUUUAUUAUACCACUUUCAGUUGUUCAGCUUAUUAAAAAUGUCAUGUCUCUGCUGAAGGUUGAUGAUCUUACAAAUGGCUCAUAUAGAGAAACUUCAGAUGUCCAGUUUGGUGUUGAAUGGCGCAAGUUCUCCUGAAUCCCAGCAAGCAAUAGACAAACUUUUGAAACUUGUGACAUCUUGUGCUGGACCAAGAGGUAAAUUUCACCUCCUACGCAACAACUGUGGAGGUCAUGUGACCUGUACAUCCUCAUGUUCCCGCCUUCUGCCUGCUUUAUCUAUUACACGGACUGAGGUCAAACUGAUUAUCAGUUCUGUACAGGCUCAUCUGAAACAGCACCACGACUGCGGACUUUUCAUGGCUUGCGUUUCUCUACAUCUCAUUCGGUCUUCUGUUGGAAAAGGAAUCCAUGUUCCAACAUUUAGUUCUUUGUAUGAGCUGUUUGUAAAACAAUUGUGUGACUAUUUGGCAUCACCACACUGUACCGUGUGUGUGACAGCAGACUUCACUGACCUACAAGUGUUACUAGCAUAUGUAAGAAGCAUUAUUUUAUCCAAAUCAUUUCUGACUCUGAAUGAGAAGACAUGUGAUAGUCUGUGUCAGUUGAUUGUGUCAGCUUUUGUUGAAACCAUACCAGAAGAUUCACGAAAGAUUCGUCAUUCUGACGGGAUUCAGAUUUUAGGAAUAGACAAAAUGCAUGUGAGAAAUAGCCGAUUUGUUCAAGGGCUUCUACUGGAAUAUCCUGAAAUGCCUGUGAUUCAAGGAAGUGUGCCUUUAAAUCUAAAAACGUUGACAAUGAAGGAAGUUGAUGGCCGAGAGUGCAACCUACAACCAGAUAAUUAUGUUAAAGUGGCUUUGAUGACAUGUUCUCUGUCUGGGGAUGCAGAAGAAAUUAUUGAUGCAAACUAUGAAGUGGAGAAAGAUGUGUAUGAAAAUCUGGAUCAUAUGAUUUUGAACAAGAUGGAAAGUAUGUUUGAAGAGUUUGACAAAUACGAUGUGGGCUUGGUUCUCUGCCAGAAAGUGAUUCACCCCAAGCUCAAGGGUAGACUGAGGACCAUGGGUAUACUAUUUGUUGAACGCCUUGGUUCACAUAUGAUUCCUUACCUACAAGACCUUACAGGUAACUAAAGUCAAUUAAAUUGUGUGGGUGUUGGUGGUAGGUUUGGCAAUUUACCCAUAAAACCGAAAUGAUGAUUAACUAUAGAGCGUGAAUUGCUGUACACCCUAUUCCAAUGAAAAGUGUUGGCAAAAUAAAUAACAAGGAAAUAAAAUAAGGAAAGGGCAUCAGCCAUUUGAAGCUUACAAGAAGUUUAAAAAUGUAUUUACAUAACUGGACCUAUCAAUUCCAAGUAUAUUAAAAGUAAAUACCUUAUGUCAUUUUUUUAUAACUUUUUGAAAAUGGUAAUGGAACAUGCAGUUUAAAACAAAUAAUUCUAAAUUGUAAUAAUUUUUUGUUAAAUAGGUCAGUAAGCAAGUGAUAUCUUUUUAGAGUCUCCUCCUUCUUUGACUUUUUCAACUCCCAGUGGAGCUUAGGUCACUAAUAACAAUAUCUUUCCACUCCUUGCAAUCUUCUCUAACUCUUCCCAAAUCUUAAGUACAUCCUUGUCCAUCCCCUCUCUCUCCCCCCCCCCCUUUUUUUUUAUGUCUUACCUGUCCUCUUUAUCCUUGCUCUUUAUGGAUGGAAAAAAUAAUUUUUUUUUUAUUUUUCAACUCCCAGUGGAGCUUAGGUCACUAAUAAAAAUAUCUUUCCACUCCUUGCAAUCUUCUCUAACUCUUCCCAAAUCUUAAGUACUUCCUUUUCCAUCCCCUCUCUCUCCCCCCCCCCCUUUUUUUUUAUGUCUUACCUGUCCUCUUUAUCCUUGCUCUUUAUGGAUGGAAAAAAUAAUUUUUUUUUUUUUUCCUGUUGCAGGUGCAAAUUGUAUUCGAUCUUUUGUUGUGUCAACAAAUUUCAGCGAAUUUUUUGGUCGGGUCCAGUCUGUCCAACAUAUCAUUGAAUGUGAUAAGAGUUAUAUACAGUUAACCCAGCCAAAAUCUUCAGUUGGAACUCUGGUCCUAUGUGAACUUUGGGAGGAAAGACUUUUGGAGUUGAAGGUAUUCAUUGAGAUAGAAAUUCAUUGAUUUAUCUUUGUGCAAUUGAAUAUUCUAUUUUGAAAUAUCUUAAGGCUGAAAUUAGACAGAGAUUGGGCACUAAGGAAGGGUAUGUUACUCUUGGAAUCAAAUCGAGCACCUGCAAAAGAAUUUUAAAAAAUUUUCAGUGCCAUGAAAGAAACUACAGUGAUUAAUUACAUUUUAAAAUCUCCAGAGUAGCGUUAGGUCAGCUCUUUCUGGCCUUCUUUCACUUUCUAGAGAACCAAGACUUCUUGCUGGAGGAGGGUGCUGGCAGAUUCACUGCUCCUAUCAUCUCAACAUGAUGGUGAGUAUUUACAUUGAUUGCUAGUUAUCAUUACUGUAUAUUGUUAAUACAUAGCUCUGGGUGUGUGUGUGUGUGUCUGGAGUGGGUGAGGGGGUUGGGGGCUCUGGAUUGUUUCUCUUAGAUAUGAAAACAACAAAGAUGUUCACUAUUGAGAUGGGAUGUACAGGCAGUCAGUUGUUUGAGAUGGGAUGUACAGGCAGUCAGUUGUUUGAGAUGGGAUGUACAGGCAGUCAGUUGUUUGAGAUGGGAUGUACAGGCAGUCAGUUGUUUGAGAUGGGAUGUACAGGCAGUUUUGUUGUUGUGAAUUUGGCCUAUUAUAAUUGUGAUUAAAAUUUUUAUCUCUGCAAAGAUCAUUGAAAUGUUUUUUUAGGACGUGUAUUUUCUUGUUAUCCUCAGGUUCUUAACAGACUGCAUCAAUUAUCGAAGGAAAAAAACUGUUCAGAGGCCAGUAUAAUCUCUGCUUUGACCACAUUUAGAUCCAGCCUUCACCACUGGGUGCAUUCUUUGGGAGCAGCACAACAUGACCUGGCAGUGGAUCCAUUAUUUCAUCACUGCUGGGUUCUGCCUCCGGUGGAUGACAAUAGCUCUGAUACUGUAACAUGCUGCUGUGGGUUGAAGUCAGCUCCCCAAGAACUAGUGUCAGAGUUUGAAUUAAUCUCUCAUACACCCCCUCUCUAUCUGAAAGAAUCUAAAGAUACACAUGUAAUAGAUAAUGGUGUGUCUUGUAGAACUAUCUUAGAUCAUUUUACAGCAUCCACUCAGGCCCUCAGUAAAGGUGUUUUUAUUGCUAACUUGGUGUCAUCCAUUGACAAAUUCAUAAUUGAUAAAAAUUAACUAUCAUAAACCUUUGUGAGAAGGUUUAUUAGGAAAUUAUGCAAGGAAUGCAUUUUUACUCCUAAAAUAUAAGAAUUGUUUCAUAGUUUAAAUUAACUUAUAUAAAACUCAUAAAUUAUCUUAUAUAAAACUCAUUUGUUUCAUUUAUUGUAGGUGUAAACAUAAGAAUAGGAGCAUUUUAAUAUUUCUGUCUGAAAUUUGGUAUAUUGUAAUUUUAAAAAUAACAACCUGAGUUUAUUAUAAUGUGUAUAGUAUUGUGAAGAUUUUAUUUUCCUGGUAGAGCCUUUUCAUUUUUGCAGGUUUUAUUAAAUUUUAAUUUGUUUCCUGCUCAGUUUCUCAGACAGAAUUUUUAUUUUUUGUUCCUAUAAAAGUGAUGCACUAUUAUAGAAAGUCAAAAUGAAAUUGUUGCUCUAAAUUUAUUUAUAGUUCUGAUUUGAAUCAAAUGCCUUGUAAAAUGUAUGAAAAGGUAUGUGCUGUUGAUCAUAACUUGGGAUGAAUAAAAUUAAUCUGUCCUAAAUGAUGAGUGAUUGAAUUGAAAAAGAGAUUAAGUAAUGUUUAAGAAGUAAUCUCGUCAAAACGUGGUCGUAUGUUUUAAAGGUAUUAAGGGGGAGAGGCUGCAAUCAGUUUAAGUAAAAGGAAAUUAGUGAAACAAAGUAUUGUAAAACCUGAAUAAAGGACAAUAUUCCUCUUGCUGUUCUCUCAGAUACUACAUUGCAGCUAAGCGUUUUUUAGUGUUGUUUGGUCGCUGAAGAAGGCUUCUGGCCGACACUUUCAAUGUUUUGUUAUGUCCUUUUUUCCCCCAGAUUUUCCUAUACUUUUUUCACUCAUUUCCUUUGUAUUAAACAUUUUUAAGUUUCCUGAUUUUAGAAAUCGAAAUGCUCAAAGAUUUCUUUAAAAAUCUAACUUUUCUGACUUGAUAAUUAUCAAAUGGGGACAAGCAUUCCAUGGUUUGGAAGGCUGGUUUUAGACUCGGGACAAACAUAUAUACGGUGAAGGUUUGUGUCUGAGCCAAGCCAAAAUAUUAACUGGAAAUUCAGUCUUGUCAACAAACAUGACCCAGACUCAAAAGUCUAAUAACAUAGACGUCACUUCCACGGAAGCUUAUCUAUAAGCUAAGUUGCAUAAUAUAAAUGAUCAGUGGAGUGGUAGCAACAAAAAUAAUAAAUAAUAGUUUCAUUUAUUAUACUAUACACUGCAUAAUUCAUGAAAAGCUACAUAUGUAUUGUAGAACAUCACAAUAGUUUAUUAUAACACAGUUUUCACAGCUUGCGAGAGAAAAAUAAAUAUAAAAGGCUGUUGCUAAUUAAAUUACAAAAAGUAGUAUAAAGAUGGGACUAAAUUAGUAGCAUGGGUAUUGAGAUCAUGCGGUGGGUUCUGGGAAGGAUAGAAAAGUGAGCAGUGUUUUUGUAAGGGUGGUGAAAGACAGUGGAAUGUUCAUUACUGUAUUUGAAAAGAAAAAAUGUAUUCUACUUGUACUGUCUACAAUACAGGUUUGUCAAGAUAUUUAGAAACAUAAUGGAAGGGAAAUAAACUUAACUGCUUUUUAUAUGAUCAUUAAGACAAAUCAUGUGUUCUGUACAUUACAAAUUACAUGUAAACAUUGUAUUCAAUGUUGAUUACUAAUUUAAAAUCAUAAAAAAAUACUACAUUGUUCCGAGUAUAGGUCCCUCCUGAUUAUAAGCAGCAGCCUUAAAGUUUGUGCUAUUUUACAAGCAUUUCAUUAUGUAAAUCUUUUGUUGUUGCAAAAUCAGGUCUGUUGGCAGCACCCUUUAGUUUUAAGACUUACAUUAGGGGGAAAAAAGUUCAGCCUACACUCUGAACAAUAGGGUAAAUUAAACAGAAAACUCAUAAUACAUGUACCAUAUAUCAAAAUAUGAUAUUCAAGACAGCUUCUAAAUAUUUUUCAUAAGGAAAAAAAAUUCCAUUAAAUGUAUUGUUUGAGUCAAUAUGUACUUUGUUUGUCCUCACCCCACCAUCACCUAUAAACUGUGGGGUUAAUCAAAAACACUCUAUUAACAACUGCUUCAAUGUAUAUUCAAAACUGUGAUCAGAAAGACGCUAAAAAUAUAUCUAUUAUUUUCUGUAUUUUUAAAAUUGGCAGUGAACAAAUUAAGGAACAUGAUUGUAAUUAUGCAGGUUAUGAGCAUUUUACUGUUAAGCUCCAUCUCAGAAUUAUUCUGUCAUUUAUUUAUGCUUGUUCCAUGAUUGGCAACUGAUAUGAAUUAAGUUGCACCUUAGCUCUGACAAUGGUUUUCUUUACUUUAUGUAAACAUUUUACCAGCAACAAGUUAUAGAUUCUUAAAAAAAAAAAAAAGUUUCAAUUAUCAGAACUUUCAGCUAUACUACUGUUACAAAAAAUAUUUAUAGCAUUCAAGUACAUUUGAACUUAAGAUAACCUCCAAAUCCAUGCAAAAGUAGGCCACAGCGCUAUGUAAUAUAAUGAUAUAAAUGUGACUAUAAAAAAGCAUCUAAAGUUUAAUUAGCAAAUAUUUACACAUGCAUUUUCUAUUCAUAAAACAAUUGUAACAAUGGGCUACAUUCAAUAUUGGCAUCUGGUAUUGGUAUAGAAUUUUACUUGAUAUAGGUACACCACAAAAUAGUGUACAGACAAACUUCAAUAAAACCCAUAGCAUUGUCAAAUGCAAUCAAGUUAAAAUUGCUUGAGAUAUCUGUGUAUCCACUAUCCACAAGAAUAACCAUGUUUCUUUAAUUUGAAACAAGAUCUGUAAAGUCCAAUGGCAUGAUUCAAUAAAACUCACAAAUUAUUGUUACACUCUAUGACAUGUACUUUGAUUACUUUUAGAAUACUUUUUUACUGAAAUCCAUUGGUAAGAACAACCAACCACCCCCUAACCCCUCUCAAAAUAUAUGAGAUAAAGGAUUCUUAAAUUUCCUUCUGCUAACUGUUGUAUACAAGAGAGAAACUCCACUUAUGUUGACAGUCUUGACAAGAACGGUAAAUACUGGAGCAAGCACAAGGUUCUCGUUACCAAAUUUGAAUGUGAAUUGAAACACAAUCUGUUGCUUUCAUGACUGACCAUUGAUGUAAAUAUUACAAAUAGUUAUCAACUGAAAACAGUAAUUUAAAGUGGGACUAGUCUUAUUUUAUCCUAAGUGACUCUUAAUAUAAGUUAUAAUUUCUUCAUCUGAUAUACUCAUUUAUUUCCUUGAGCUAAAUGCAUGAUCACCCGCAGUUAUAUACAUUUAACUAAAUCUUAGGCAUAUGUUAAAAUAUCAAUUAUUACACAACUUUCGCAGCAAUUAAUUGUCCCUAAAACAUACAACUGUAGACCACCAUAACUUUCAUGAAGUGCACAUGCAACAAUAGCACAACCAAAUAGGGAGUCUGAAAUUAUCUUUGCAUGAAUACUAUAAUCAAACAUACAAAAAUAAACAUUUAAUUCUUAGCUGUGUACAACACUGGACAUAUUCAGGCACGGCAUGAACGGAAACUUACAACAUUGCUGAAUAUGACAACUUAAAAUGAUGAACAAUACUUUCAAGUAAUUGAAUGCCAAGGUCAGUCCAGUCAUCUGCCAUAAUUAAAAAGCUUUCACUGACAGUGAACUCAAGGUAACCUCCAACACAGUUAUGAAUCUCAAAUUUUGCUCCAUAAUUUCAUUACAUUACACAUUCCAAUGUAUCCCUCGUUAACUCUUAUAUAUAUAUUUUUUUUAAAAAAAAGCUUGUUGGUGCAAUCUGACACACCAUUGUAUCCAAAGACGGUUAGGUUGGUGAUCACAUUAUGGAACAUAACUACAGAAAACACUUAUUAUCACUGACACAGUCCAUUCUGCAUUUAAGAUUGUUCAAUUAAAAUAGUAUCACAGUAGCCUAUAUCGUACACAAUCUUAUAUUAAUAUUUAUUGAACACAUGUUCACUCAUGUUUAUUUCAAUCGAAACAUAAAACCCCAUCAAGACUAAUUUAGUUUACUGUCUCACUCAUGUUACAAGAUCAUUAAGAAAUUUAAGGUAUGGAGGGAACUGUGACCCUCCAUUACCUUUUAUGUUUAGUUUAGCACAUGGGUGUGUAGAUGUAUAAACACUUCAUUGAAAUUGAAUAUAAUUUUUUAAGCUUAAGAACUUUUAACCCCAAAAUUCUAACAGGUUUUUAAAAUAAAAUUCUCUCAAAAAUCUUUUUAAAACUUUCAAAAACUGUUGGCACUAUUUAUAGUCAGAUCAAGCCAGUUAACUCAAUAUAUAGUUGAAAUGAAAUGUAAUGUAUGAAAGAGAAAGUUUAAUUAAAUAUAUUGAUGAAAACUAUAAGCCAAUACAACCACACAUUUGUCAACUUGAAACGUAGACAGUGCUGAACUAAUUAGAACUGUAUCAGUGGCAAUCUGUUGUAAAAGAAAUAUUACAAAAUUAGAUUGAUUUCCUUUGGGGAAAGAGAAAAUGACAAUAUUAGAUUGUGUUUCUUUGAGAUAAUAGAAAUAUCACAAUAUGAGAGAGUGUUUCUUUGGGAUAAGAGAAAUCUUACAAUAUUAGAUUGAGUUUCUUUGGGAUAAGAUAAAUAUUACAAAAACAGAUUGUUUCUUUGGGAUAAGAGAAAUAUUACAAUGUUAAAUUGUGUUUCUUUGGGAUGAAAAUCUAGAUCAGGGGCUUUUAACCUUCCCUAUAUUAUCACUCACUUAAACUCUUGGACACACAAAUCAAUCCUUGUGAAAGACUAAUGGUUGUUAAGGUGAGUAGCAGUCUUCAAACUAAUAUUUUUUUUAGAUUAGAUGGAUUGUAGUUAAAGGGCCAUCUUUAAUUCUCAUCUCAAAUUAACCUGAUACUUUGACCUAUAAAAUGGACACUUUGUAAGACUUAAAUGAUUUUAACAAUUUCCACACCUCUCUUUUGCUAUUGUCCGUUGUUGGUGUAUAUGAGCAUUUGAAUCAACCACUCACUACUCUACAAGUAGGUCUAUUGAAUAAUAGAUUUUUCAAAUAUUGCUUUCACUAAUUGAAUAAAUUUUUUAAACUUUUAGGCUUCUAUUUUCAAAUUUAAAAAAAUAAUACAAAUUAAUAUAUUUUCUGACAUUUCAUUGAUGUUGAAGGAUUUAAACGAAAAUGGCUUAGGCUAAGCGAUAGACAACUUCUACUGUCAAUAAAUAGGCUGAUUUAACACGUGUUAUCUGCCCUAGAUCUUCGUGUGUUGUACAUUAAAUUCCAUCCUC